AUGUUCACCGUGACUAAGCUGGCCUCUUCCAAAAUGCCGCCAGACAUCGGGCAGCGGCAUCGAGUGGGGGUUCAGUCCCAGAAAUGCCAACGUGAAAUUGCGUUUUGGGGGCCUGAGGGCGCAUUUUGCAUCCACAUUCGGGCCUGCCAAUUGCGUGUGCCCGCUGAGGGGAAGAUUCAGGCCUAUGUUUGUAUAAAGGCUCCCCUUCAAAGUAUCGUAAUUCCAGCCUUGCUGCACCAGUUGAAUAGUUCUGUUGCCCACGCAACCCGUCCAACCUCACAGUUGGCGGAGGAGCCAAUCGGCCAGGCGGCCUUUGCAUUUUUCAUCAAAACUCAUCCAAGGACGAAUUCAGUGACGAGUCCCGGACGCUUGACUUUUGGUCCGUUUUUCAACAAUCAUCGACACUUCCAUGAUCUUGUUGAAGGAAUAGCGAGUAAACCAUUAUCUGUCAUCGCGCCACAGAAGCCAGGAAACCAGACACUAAUCCACAAAGUAAGAGAAAACCAUUCAGCAAACAAGCCAACCGCAGACUUGUUGCUAGGAUUGCUGCAAGAGGAUGGACGAUCGCAAGUAGAGAUCAAUGAGCUAAUGAUCCAUCGCAGGAGAAGAGAAAAUGGAAGCGUUAAAAACUCUUCGUUGGGCGAGAGUUCUGCUCCAUUUAGCUCAGAUCUAGAUACCAUCUUGAAAAUGUUUUCUUUAAUUCAGUCAUGGAAUUUGGAAACAAGUCCUGACAUCUCUGCAGAUGCCUGCUGUGUCCUGUCAUGCCUCUUGGCCUAUCUUCACACAAUGAUUAAUGCCUACAUUUCAAUUUAUGCAUUCUAUUUAUCAUGGUUCCUGGCGCUGGUGAAGCAGAUCCAGGGUGUAGAGUCAGGGAGGAAAGCCCUCAAUGCUCAUCCCAUUUCUUCCUUCAUGUUCAGUGAAGAGUCCCCAGAUGUAUUGGCAGGGGAUUGUGCCGGGACCCCUGGAGAUAAUUGUAACACAGCCAAGUACAGUAAUGAAACAUUCUUCCAGUAUCAAAACAGCAAGGAAAGUAGCUCAAGAAGGAGUCAGAACUUUGAACAACAUAAAAGGGCUGAUGACGAUGAAGAGAAAGCAAUCGCAAUACCAAAUGAGAAGUUCCUAAAAGAACAAGCAACUAGAGUAGAGGCAGCCAUCCUGUGUCUCACCACCAUCUCCAAGAGCUCCUCUAGACCCACAACCUUCCAAGACCCCUGCGCUCUUCGAAUUCUGGCCUGCUGUGGAUCCCUGAUUUUUAUCCCAGCCACCAUCGAUGGCUGUGCCUUCAGCUGCCUGGAUCCAAAGCCCUGGAAUCCCCUGCCUAAAUCUCUGUGUCUCUUUCUUUGGCUAGUUUGGAGAAAAGACGACUCCGCCAUUCUUAUCUUCGGGCUCCUCUUCCAGAAAGUAAAGCAAAGCGUGACACCGGGUUUGGGCGGCACAGAAGUCUGCCCAACUUCAGAACAGAUAAUGUUAGUGAGUGAUCCUGAGAUUGAAAGCAGCGUACUCAUCAGCUCAGAUGAAGGUGCAACCUAUCAAAAGUACCGCCAAAGCUUUCAGAUUCAAAGUAUGCUCUUUCAUCCUCAAGAAGAGGAUUGGAUUCUGGCCUGCAGCCAAGACCAAAAGUUGUACAGCUCCAAUGAUUUUGGAAGAAGGUGGCAGCUGCUCCAUGAGAGAAUCACUCCAAACCGGUUCUACUGGUCUGUAAUGGGUUUGGACAAGGACCCAGACCUUGUGCACAUUGAAGCAAGGAACACAGAUGGACAUGCUCAAUAUAUCACCUGUAGAAUUCAGAAUUGUUCAGAAGCAGCAAGCAGCAAACCCUUCCCAGGGUUUAUAGAUCACAAUUCCUUGGUGGUCCAAGAUGACUAUGUGUUUGCUCAGGUGACAACUGGUGGACGGGUGACUUACUAUGUGUCAUAUCGAAGAGAGAGCUUCGCACAGAUGAAACUCCCCAAAUACUCACUGCCCAAGGAUAUGCACAUUAUCAGUACGGAUGACAGCCAAGUGUUUGCCGCUGUGCAAGAAUGGAAUCAAAACGACACAUACAAUCUGUACGUCUCUGAUGCAAGAGGAGCCUACUUCACUAUUGCUUUGGAGAAUGUGAAAAGCAGCCGGGGCCCAGAGGGGAAUGUUAUGAUUGACCUUUAUGAGGUAGCAGGGAUAAAGGGAAUGUUCUUGGCUAACAAAAAGGUACAAAAACAGGUUAAGACCUUCAUCACAUAUAACAAAGGACGAGACUGGAGACUACUGGAAGCUCCCAACACAGACUUGAGAGGCAAUGACAUUCACUGUCUUCUGCCAUAUUGCUCACUGAAUCUACACUUGAAUGUGGCACAGAAUCCCUAUACUUCCGGAAAUAUAGGCAGCAAGGACUCAGCACCUGGCAUUAUCGUGGCUUCAGGCAACAUCGGCUCUGAGCUAAUAACAGACGAGGAGAGUCAGACUGGUGGCAUGUUCAUCUCAUCAGAUGGAGGGAACACCUGGAGACAGGUUUUCGAAGAGGAGCACAGCGUUCUGUUCCUGGAUCAGGGUGGUGCCCUUGUGGCCAUUAGACACACGCCCCAGCCUAUCCGGCAUCUCUGGCUGAGUUUUGAUGAAGGUCGAUCCUGGAGUAAAUACAGUUUCACCUCAGUUCCUCUCUUUGUAGACGGAGUCCUGGGUGAGCCUGGAGAAGAGACUCUGGUAAUGACUGUGUUUGGUCAUGUCAGCCACCGCUCUGAUUGGCAGCUUGUUAAAGUGGACUACAGGUCCGUCUUCAGCAGAAGGUGCACUGAGAAUGAUUUCCAUGCAUGGGAGUUCCACAAUCAGGGGGAACCUUGCAUUAUGGGGGCAAUGCGAAUAUAUCAGAGGCGCAGCCCAGCUACACAGUGCAUUCUGGGAAAGAAGUACAGCGGAGCAGUAACAUCAGUUCCUUGUACCUGUACAGACUCCGACUUUGAGUGUGAUUAUGGAUACGAACGUCACUCUGAUGGAAGGUGCUUACCGGCUUUCUGGUACAAUCCGUCUUUCAUGGCAAAGGAAUGUAGCAUGGGACAGAGCUACCUCAACAGCACAGGUUACAGAAAGGUUGGCUCCAAUAAUUGCACUGAUGGCGUCAGAGAACAGUACACUGCCAAACAGCAUCAGUGCUCCAACAGGGCUCCACGGGGUCUACACCUCGUCACCAGCAACGGCAGACUGGCCACCAGGUCGGAACAGAACAUUACCUUCAUCGUGCACUUAGAGGAGGGAGAUGUUCCGAGGACCAGUUUACAGAUGGAAUUUGGAGACGGUACUGCAGUGACCUACUCUAAUCUCAGCUCAGUCGAAGGAGGGAUCAAACACGUCUACAAGCAUGGUGGAAUCUAUCGUGUCAUCGCUCAAGCUUGGAACAGCCUGGGAAACACCCAGGCCACCCUCUUCCUACAUGUAACUUGUCCUAUUGAGCAUGUGCACUUAACUUUACCGUACGUUGCAAUCACCAAUCAGGAGGUGAAUAUGACAGCAAUGGUGUGGCCCAAUACCGCUGGAACACUCACCUAUUUCUGGUGGCUUGAAAACAAGACCGAGCCCAUCAUUACCCUAGACGAGAACACUUCCUUCACAUUCUCUACAGAGGGGAUAAAUAGUGUCACGGUACAGGUGUCUGCUGGGAAUUCCAUUCUACAAGACAUAAAGAGCAUAGCUGUAUUCGAUUCUUACCGCUCGUUGCUACUGUCGUUUACACCCAACUUGGAAGAUUACAACCCAGACAUUCCGGAGUGGAGACAUGAUCUCAGUAAACUUGUCAAAAGAACUCUGAGACAAGUCACAGCUGUACCUGAGCAACAGAUGCUGCUCGCCAUCCUCCCCGGUUUACCAACUGCAGCAGAGCUCUACAUCCUCCCACACCAAGGUUCCGCAGAAGAGAGAUUAAAUAGUCUGGAUUUAGAUCAGAUUUUAGACAUGGUGAUCCAUGCACUUAAUCAGAAUCGGGUUCAGUUUGAGCUAAAGCCUGGUAUUCAGAUCAUCGUUUCGACUGCUCAUCUUACUUUAGCCCCUCUCGUGGAUUCUAGCCCAGGACACAGUGGCUCUGCAUUGUUGAUGCUGUUAUCUUUGGCCUUUGUUGGCUUAGCUGUUUUUGUAAUAUACAAGUUUAAAAGGAAGAUACCAGGGAUUAACGUUUAUGCUCAGAUGCCCAAUGAAAAGGAACAAGAGAUGAUAAGUCCAGUCAGCCAAAUUGAGGGCAUCCCCAACAUCACCCAAAGUGAAUUAACCAGCCCAGAGGAAUUCAUUGAUGAUGACCAUGACACACAGAAUUUAGGUAAAUGA